CGCGCGCGCGAGCGAACCGAGCGCCGACGGCGAGCGCGGGAGAAGAGGCGACGAACGAUCGAACGAUCGCGCGCGCGAGGACGGACGACGCGCGACGACGACGCGCGAACGACGCGUGAGCGAUGAUGCUGACGACAACCCUGAAUCGCCAGGGUAUCGCGCCGACGACGCGACGCGGACGCGAUGCGCGCGUCGAGACGCGGCGAACGACGACGGAACGAACGAUCGAACGAUCGCGGAGGGUGACGACGCGCGCGAUGCCGGUAGGGAAGCCGGUGCCGUGCGAAAAACACUUUUUACAUCUGGAUGACUUCACGAAGGAGGAAAUCAUGGAGCUCGUCGAGCGGGCGUCGAGCGAAAAGAAACGCCUGCAGAGCGGUGAUCGAAGCUUUCAACCGUUCAAGGGGAAGACGAUGGCGAUGAUUUUUGCGAAGCAAUCGUUGAGAACGCGGGUGAGCUUUGAGACGGGGUUUAAAUUGCUGGGCGGGAGCGCGAUUUAUUUAGGUCCGGAUGAUAUUUCAAUCGGAAAACGCGAGGCGACGAAGGAUAUCGCGAGAGUAAUCUCGAGAUACAACGACAUCGUCAUGGCGCGAUUGUACGAGCACUCCCAAAUCGAGGAGUUGGCGGCGUACUCGAGCGUUCCGAUCGUUAAUGGGUUGACGGAUUAUAACCAUCCGUGUCAGAUAUUAGCCGACGCGUUGACGAUUUACGAGUGCCUGGGGCGCUUGGAAGGCGUCAAGGUUGUGUACGUCGGUGAUGGUAACAACAUCGUGCACUCGUGGUUGAAUUUGGCCGCGGUAGUGCCGUUUCACUUCGUGUGCGUGUGUCCGGAAGAGUACACGCCGGAUGAGAAGACCUUGCAAAAGGCUCGCGACGCCGGUUUGUCUACGAUAGAAAUUUCGCACGACCCGGUGGAAGGCGUCAAGGGCGCCGACGUCAUCUACUCUGACGUCUGGGCGUCCAUGGGCCAAAAAGACGAAGCCGAACAGCGCAAAAAAGACUUCCAAGGCUACCAAGUUAAUGGCAAGAUGAUGGCGAGAACGCCCAACGCCAUCUUCAUGCACUGCUUGCCCGCCGAGCGCGGCUUGGAAUGCGACGACGAAGUCAUGGAAGCCGAUUACUCCGUCGUCUUCCAACAAGCCGAAAACCGCAUGCACGCGCAAAACGCCGUCAUGCUCAAGAUGUUGAAUUGUUAAACGAACCGUUGUGUCCAUACGAACAU